UUCAGGCGAAGCCCGGCAGCGAUUCCGGUGGUGAUCCCGGCGUUUUCUCCGACUCCAUUCUUGUUCUGAAUUCUGAUGCAAUUCAGCAGCCUCUAUUUUUCGAUCAAUCAGGCCGGUGUAAUAUAUGUGUAUAUUUUUACUUUUCAGCGUAUGGUAAUAGUAAGUAAUAAUAUGCUUUAAUUUGUUCAUAAAAAUUAGUUUAAACUUUGAAAAGAAAAAAAAGAGAAAGUUUGAGGAAGAAAUUUCUCUAGUUCUCCAUGGAAUUGUAACUUGUCGACUAUAAUUGAUCUCUAAUGGGGACUCUCUGCAAUUUAAAUUAAAUGUGUUCCCAUUUCUAUAUAUGAAGCUUUGUUUUCUCCAAA